CUCCACACUUCAGUUCUCCCUCAACACAAACGGAUAAAGUAUCCUGCAAGCCCCUGUAUUAAUAGUGGUGGGUCCCUGUCGAUUGAAUUACCAUUAAAAAAAAAACGUCAAGUUUAUCGUGUCGCCUUGAGUGACUUGGAGUUGCUCCUGUGAAGUGUCAACAUCAUCCGAAAAGACUUGCGGAAAAAUUACUCCCUUGAAACAUUCCAAUUGUCAUAAAUAAAUUGAUUCUCCUGUGAAGGGGUGAACGAGUGAAGUACACCAGCGAGACAGUUGGAGAGGCAUAUUAAGCCGUAAGGGGUUUUAUAUAAAAAACAGAAAAAAGGGCUCUAGAGUAAUACACAUAUAACGGACUGCCUCUGGCGACAAAAUCCAGAGGGAGAGGGAAAGAAAGGCACAGUUGCUGUAAUGGCCGCCGUGUCAUGAAAUGAAGGUACCCAGCCAGUGUUGCGGUCCCAUAAUGGAGGAUAACUCCAGUUCAGUAUCGCAAAAUCACAACGGGCCAUUGUCGUCCGGUGCUAAUGUAUCAAUUGGCAACGAUAAACAUCAGAACAGUGAUAAUGCCAGUGGCAAUGGUGCCAAAGACCAAAAACCACAGUACUCGAUGCCUGGUAUUCUUCACUUUAUUCAACACGAGUGGGCCCGCUUUGAGCUUGACAGAUCACAGUGGGAACUCGACAGAGCUGAAUUUCAGGCUAGAAUAGCUUUCCUCCAGGGGGAAAGAAAGGCUCAGGAAAAUUUAAAGAAUGAUCUAGUGAGACGAAUAAAAAUGCUCGAGUACGCUCUAAAGCAGGAGAGGGCAAAGUAUCAUAUACUGAAGUAUGGGACAGAUUUGGUAAUACAGGAUGAUGGGAAACCACCACUUUAUGAGGAGUCGAACACUGGAGAUAAUUCGGAGGGCGGUGGUGGAGAUGGGGAAGCUCCUUUCUCAUCUGUCAGUAAUAUCACGUGGAGCCAGGGGCGGCGAUUAUUAAGAGACUAUUUGCAAGAAAUUGGAUACACCGACACAAUAAUUGAUGUGAGAUCAAACAGAGUGAGAUCAUUACUUGGAUUAAACAACAAUACAGACUCUGAUGAUAUGAAUACGCCGGCAUUGAAUGGUAACGGACCAACGAAAAAGCGUUAUUAUAUGUCCAGGGAUGGAGGGAGUGGAUCGACGCGGAAAGCAAAAAAGGCGGCUUCCCUCACCGAGGCAAUGAUCCUUGACACCGAGGCGUCUGUCAUGGCAAAUUUUGAAUUUCUGGCUCACACCGAUAUCGACAUGGAGGAGGAAGAGGGCGAAGUGGAGGACGAAUCGUACGAUACCGAUGCUGAGCCAAAACAAAAUAAGGCAUCCAUAAUGCUGGGGGAGGAUGUUGACGCUGAGGCAGAGGAAGUUUUGAACGAACUAAAUCUUAUUACGGAAACUGAAGACUCACACAUUAAUCAUCCCCACGAUAUUCCCAAAUAUACUGACACAAUGCGUGUGGAACGAGACCCUCAGCGCCCAGGGGAGGAGAGCGAUUCAGCUUUAGGACUGGGGGAAUUAGCCCAAUUAACUGUUAACAAUGAUGCUGAUGUCACAUACGAUAUGGCGGCAACAAAAGAAACGUAUAGAAAGACAUGGAAUGCGAAGUACACCCUGCGCUCUCACUUCGACUGCGUGAGAGCCCUUGUCUUCCAUCCAAAGGACCCAGUCCUCAUAACAGCGUCGGACGACCACACACUGAAGCUUUGGAAUCUGCAGAAGACAGUGCCAGCGAAAAAAUCAGCGUCUCUGGACGUCGAGCCCCUUUACACCUUCAGAUCCCACACAGGGCCAGUUUUAUGUUUAGGGAUGUGCAGCACUGGUAGUCGCUGUUACUCAGGUGGUCUCGACGGGAUGAUACACUGCUGGUCGGUGCCAGCUGGUAAUAUCGAUCCAUAUGAUUCAUAUGAGCCUGGUGUACUCAGCCAAUCGCUGACUGGUCAUACUGAUGCUGUCUGGGGACUCAGCAUGUUCCAUCCAAGAUCACAGUUGUUGUCGGCCAGUGCCGAUGGAACUGUCAAGCUCUGGAAUCCACCUAACAAAGUACCAUUGCUCAACACGUACUCUUCUGAACAAGAUGGAACUCCCACCUCGGUGGACUUCGUCAGAGACGAGUCUCAUAAAAUAGUUGUCGCUUACGACGGAGCUUGCGUGGUAUUCGACGCAGAGACUGGCUCAGUGGUAGCAAGACUUGAGGGUAGUGGUACCCGAGGUGUUAACCGUGUCGUUGCCCAUCCCAUCCAACCCCUGAUAAUAUCAGCGCACGAGGAUCGUCACAUAAGAUUUUAUGACCAUCGUUCAGCGACAUUGGCUCACGCUAUGGUAGCACACCUGGAUGCUGUAACUAGUCUUGCUGUUGAUCCUCAUGGUCUUUAUCUGCUCUCAGGCAGUCACGACUGCAGCAUAAGAUUAUGGAAUAUGGACAACAAGACUUGCGUUCAAGAAAUAACAGCACACCGCAAGAAAUUCGACGAGAGUAUUCUCGAUGUUGCGUUCCAUCCCUCGUUACCGUUCAUCGCCAGUGCUGGGGCUGACGCACUUGCCAAGGUAUUCGUGUGAGUGAUACAUCGGGAAAUUAAUAGAACGAUGCUAAAGCAACAUCAUUAAUUCAACGGAAUUAUUAAAAUUUUCAAGCUGUCGUAUAUGAGACUUUUAAUAGGAACACGGAUCAUUUGAAGCGGUUUUUGUACUCAUGUUCAUUCUUUUUUUUUCAUCUUUUUUUUAGAUAGUUUUACUUGUAUGUACUAUACACUUCCAGGAACCUUCUCCUUUGAAUGAUUUUAUUCAAUCCAUUUCCCCUCAUCUCCUCAUUUAUCGAUAGUUGAGAAGAUGCGGAAUAGAUGAAAAGUAAUAAAAAGAAGAAAUGUGGAAGAAACGUAAUUGUAUUUAAGUAUGGUCAGACAAAGCAGCAUAUUCAAAUACUCAUAUUAUUAUAGUGAGGCGAGUGAAAAAGGCAGGUAAAUGAAUUUUAAUGAAACAUUAUGAGGAUUUAAAGAGGAUUAUCUUGUAAUAUUGCAGAACGAAGAUAAAUCGAAUGAAUUUUCAUUCAAGUGCAAAUGCUAUUUGUUGAUAUAAUCGUCACUAAGUAGACGUAUUAAUCUGUCGGCAGAGUGAAACGGCUGAUCGACAUUGUAGUAUAUUACUUAUUAUAGUGAUGAGAAACCCGCCCCUUUCAUUGAUUAGAUCGUCAUAAAAAUCGUAAAGUGGUAUACAACAGGAAUAAGAUUGAGGAAAAGAAAACUAAAAAUAUUACGAAGACGUCAACACUCCUGAGGAGCAUUGAGGAAUCCAGGGGAGCACACUGCCGCGGUAGCAUAAUAUCUAUCCUUAUGUUAAUUAUUUAUUACCGAGUAUCACAGUUACUGUUGCACAGCUACUGGGGAUUAAAUUAACAAUCAUGAGGAAUUUCAAGAUCUACCCUCAAUUGUGCAAAAUCACAGCUGACCUGAACAAUUGUCCCAAUAAAAUCGAAUCACGAAUGAUGAAAAAGGAAACAAAAUAUAUAAACGCUAUUAGUCUCCCAUUACACCAUUUUUGUGCUGCCUCGCACAUUAUACCGAGGUCCAGCGUUAUGGUAAUUACAAUGAUUAAUUGAUAAUAAUAAAGCGUAAGGUAAUUAUUAAAGAAAAAAUGAAAAAAAAAAUAUGACAAAAAAACAUUACUUAGAAUAAUAAUUAAUAACAAUAAAUUAUAACUGUGUGUUUCACUGUAAUAUAUUGUAUUUAAAAAUAGAAGAAAACUGUGUAACUUA